CUUUUUUCCUUUAUCAUUUUCUUUAUUCAAAAUCCCGGUUAUUCUGCAAGGCACCAUGGCCAGUGAACAUUCCGACGAUAUUGCCGUUCAUGAAGACGUUGAAGCUCACGCUCACGCGCAAGAUACAGAUGCAUUGAUGGACUCUUUCAGUUCAGCCGUAGAUCGUACCGCUCCUGGUGCCAAUAUAGUGGAAGGCGGGGUACAUUCGCCGGCUGCACGUCCCACCAAACAUUGGUAUGACCGUCGCUUGACAGGUUGGAUUCAAAUGCACGUUAUCCCAAACAGUUUCAAGCGUCUCGUGGAAAAGCAAUUGGGCGUCUUUGUCAUUCUUCGUACAACGGGAGAAUAUCACUAUGAAGAAAUGCCCAUCUAUACGCGAAUCGGCAUGCACCUCAUGUUUGCCGGGCGAGUCCAGACACAUUUGGUGGAAACCGGAACCAUGCAUAAGCUGUUUUUGCGUGAAUCGGUACGACAAGGCUCCUAUUUUGAUGAUGAAAAAUCAGCUACGCAAAUUCCGUCGUUUGUCAAUCACUAUGCGAUUGAUAUGAGCCAGUUUGAACCUUCCGAUAUCAAGGCCUACAAGACCUUUAACGAAUUUUUCCAUCGAGCCAUUCGAGUGGACGCAAGGCCUAUUGCUGAGCUCGACAACAAGAACGUCAUUGUGUCUGCUGCAGAUUGUCGUCUAAAUGUCUUUGGGACGGUCAAGGAAGCGACAACUUUCUGGAUCAAGGGCAAUCAAUUUACUUUGGAACGAUUACUGCAAAAUGACGAGCUGGCAUCAAGUUUAACCGACGGCUCGAUGGCUAUUUUUCGGUUAGCACCGCAAGAUUAUCACCGAUGGCACAGCCCGAUGGACGGUACUGUCGAAUCCAUUCAAACGAUUGAUGGCAGUUAUUAUACAGUCAAUCCUUGCGUGGUCAAAGAAAAUAUUAAUGUCUUUACCGAAAACCAUCGUGUCAUUAUCGUCAUGCGUAGUCCGCAUGGGUUCCGUUACGCAGUGGUAGCUAUCGGGGCGCUUUUGGUAGGGUCUAUUGUAUUAACCAAGGCGGCCCAACCGGGUUCCCAACUUCGUAAAGGAGAUGAAAUGGGGUAUUUCCAAUACGGUGGAUCCUCCGUUAUUGUGGUUUUUCCCAAAGAUCAUGCCUCUUGGGACUCCGAUUUAACUCAAAACUCGACGCGCUCUUUUGAAACAAAGGUGACCAUGGGCGAACAUAUCGGCAAUCUUGUGUAAAUCUACCGUUUAUAUUGAUACCCCGGGUACAUGGAAAAAAAUGAGAUGCAUAUUGAUCAAAAUUUUUGUGAUCAUGCAGAAAAAAAAAUGCCAUCUCAGGGCAACCAGGAUAUGGUAUAAAAAGACCUUUCAUUUUAGAUUUCUCUCUCUCUCUCUCUCUCUCUCUCUCU